UUAUAAAGUUGUACCAGUUGGAACAUCAUGGAAAACAAUAAUGCACUAUUCAAUAUUGGCAACAAAUGGAAAAUUCAGACCAUUUUCAUAUCAUGCUUCAAAAAACCUGGCUGAGUAUGGAAAUGGUUCAGUGCCAGAAUAUGAAUUGGAAAAUAUCAAAGUUCCGAUAUUUCUUUUGUCAGGAGAAAAGGAUGGAUUCACUCACAAAGAGUUGAUGGACAAACUCAAAUCGAGAUUGAAAGGAGCAUCAGUAAAUUGGAGAACCGUUGGCAAUACUAAUUUUUUGCAUCUGGAUUUUUUUGUGGCAAAAAAUCUGAGAAAAUUAGUUUUUGAACCUGUUUUGAAUUAUCUACGAAAUCCAUACUCAAUAGUGGAAUCGCCAAGGAAACCUAAAAACUAGCACGAAAUAUAAAGAGAAUAGAAAGAAAAUUUUUGUGGAGAGCUAUAAUUUCUAAUGCAUUAUACUACGUCAAUUGAUUUUCUUUUGAAUACUGUCAUCUGUUUCACUAUUGUGAAGAUAAUAUGCAGGUAGUUUUUCUAGAAUAACCUCGAAUUAAAUUCUGAGUUCUAGUAAGUUUAAUCGAAACUAUGUAAUAGUAUCUUAAAACUUGAAUGUCAUCUCAAGAACAAAAUAUCUUGUAAUAAACUCUGAGCUAUA